AUGCGGACGCUAUUGGUACAUCACCUCGAAGUUGAGUGCAGCUUUUUAGGCGACGAAGUUCAUUUGAAUGUGCAUUUCCAGAUGCCCAAGUUUAGUUCUGUUCUGCGUCGCGUGAUGAAGGCCUUCUCCAACAAGGUCCUGGACGUCAUCUUUGGCGCGGCGCACGAGGAUCCGCCGCCCGUGAUCUUGGCUGCUCUCGGCGAUGAUCUAAAGUCGCUUGAAUCGGAGCUCUCGUGA